GUGGGACACGCUUACGCGGUCGAGAAUGUAGUAGUAUAGUAUAGAACGCGAUGUCAGUUAGAGUAGUAUAGCAUGUUUAACGGCACGGACGCGUCGGAAGCGGCGCUGUAUAGGCUAACACGCUAGGUUUAACUUUGGUAUAAAGGUGUAUUUAAGGUGUUCGGCUCGGACUUGAGAAGCGAUGGCUCUUCCAUUCGAUAGUGUUGCAGCGGUAUCAUAUGUCUAUCGGGAUCGUGUAUCGUGUAGUUUAAACGACACCCUCGAACUGCCCGAUAACGAUCUUAAACUAUAUCGAGAUGUAAUUCACACGAAUCGCGUUCGGAUGCGCACUCCGAAAGUAUAGAAAGCGCGCAUAUCGCGACCGAGUC